AUGAGGAAACAUGGGCUGAAAAUGAAUCCAUUGAAAUGUGCUUUCGGUGUUUCAGCGGGGGAUUUCCUAGGGUUCGUCGUACACCAGAAAGGCAUUGAAAUAGAUAAGAACAAGACUCGAGCCAUCAUGGAAACUAAGCCUCCUUCGAAUAAGAAGGAGUUGCAGUCUUUGUUAGGUAAGAUAAAUUUCCUUCGAAGAUUUAUUUCGAAUUUAUCAGGAAAGACUAAGGUGUUUUCCCCUUUGUUACGAUUGAAAAAGGAGGAAGAAUUUCGAUGGGACGAAAAUCAUCAAAAGGCAUUCGAGGAGAUCAAGAAUUAUUUGAUCAACCCUCCAGUGAUGGUGCCACCCUCUGAAGGAGGAAAGCUAAAAUUGUAUGUCUCGGCCAAUGAUUCGACUAUUGCGGGCAUGCUGUCGCAAGAUGACAAAAAUGGCAUCGAGAGAGCCAUUUAUUACAUCAGUAGGAUGUUAGUCGAGGCAGAAAUCAGAUACACUCCUUUGGAGAAGUUAUGUCUGAGUUUGUAUUAUGCUUGUACAAAGCUGAAGCAUUAUAUUAAACCUUAUGAUGUAUUCGUGUUCUGUCGAAAUAAUGUGAUUAAAUAUAUGUUAUCUAAACCUAUCCUGCACUCUCGAGUUGGGAAAUGGGCUCUUGCAUUGACCGAGUAUUCGUUAACGUUUGUUCCCCUCAAAGCCACAAAAGGACAAGUAAUCGCUGAUUUUCUCGUGGAUCACUCGAAUUUAAAUGAACAGGUUAAUUAUUUAACCACGAAAUCAUGGGAAUUAUUUUUCGAUGGAUCGAAACACGAGUUAGGAGCAGGAAUCGGAUUACUGAUUAUUUCACCGGGUGGGAUUCCCACCAAAUUCUUAUUGAGAACAAAAUCUGAAUGCUCGAAUAAUGAAACUGAAUACGAAGCAUUGAUUACUGGGCUAAAAUUGCUUAAGGACUUGGGGGCAAGGAACAUAAUCAUUCGAGGUGACUCGCAACUCGUGAUUAAACAGUUAACUCGAGAAUAUAAAUGCAUGAAUGAAAAGUUACUCGAAUGUAAUUCUCGAGCUACAGCUUUGUUAAAUUCAUUCAAUGAGGUCCAAUUAGAACAUAUUUCUCAUAACGAGAACGAAAUUGCGAAUGAACUAGCUCAGAUUGCAUUCGGGUACAAGAUAAGCAGGGAAUGUCUCGAAUCUCUUGUUUUUAUAAGAAAUGAUUUGAGUGACGAGCACGAAUGCCUCACCAUUGACACCUCAACCAUUCAGGACUGGAGGAAAGAGCUAAUUGAAUAUCUGCAAAGUCCAUAUUCGCAAGCUGAAAGAAAAGUUAAAUAUCGAGCUCUCAAUUAUGUGAUAUUAAAUGAUGAACUGUUCAAGAGAGGUUUCGAUAGAGUUUUGUUUAAGUGCCUCGGAAAUCAUGAGAGCUACAUAGCCAUGGUAGAGGUACAUGAAGGGAUUUGUGGUGCCCAUCAAGCGGGGGAGAAAAGGAAAUGGACUUUAUCAGAAAAGGAUAUUUUUGGCCAAGCAUGUUCAAAGAUUGUAUCGAAUUUGCAAAAGGUUGCGAAGAGUGCCAGAAACAUGGCCCAAUACAUAGAGUGCCAGCAACCGAGUUGCAUGCGAUUGUUAAACCGUGGCUUUUUCGAGGUUGGGCAAUUGACGUAA